GUUAACGGAUGUGAGCGCGGAAAAAGCAUACGAAACGCGUUUGGAACGCUACGGGAAAAGCGUAAAGCACUUUUUUCAUUUUCUAAUUCUCUUCAAGUGCAAACUGUGCAUACGCCAGCGAAUAGAUUUUUCAAGGUGUGCAAUAAUAAAUAAUAUUAAAAAAAAAAUGAAAUUGUAGAGUUUCCUGAUAAAUCACAAAGUAAUAGAAGCUAAUAAAAUAACGAAAAUUGUCGAAAAAGUGUAAAGAAAAAAUAAUUAAAUUUAUACAUACAUACAGAUAUUACGAUAAUACGAUAUUAAGUGCAAACAAUUGAGGAAAAAUAAAAUUAAAUUGAAAAUAUUUAAAACAAAAAAAUUAAAAAGAAAAUAUGUAAAAAAUCGCCAUGUGCUGGAAAUAAGAUUAAAAUAAACCAACAACAACAGAAAAAAAUAUAUAUACAUAGCUUAAAACGAAAACAAAAAUUAGUGAUAAUAAAAAGAAAAGUGUUUGGAGAAUUGCUAUACAAUUGAUGUCUGUGCGCUUCACCUCGUGCUUUUCAGUGUAUGCACGCGUGUGUGUGAGUGUGAGAGUGUGAGUGCAUCUCUAAACCUCUUGGGCUGUGAAUUUAUUUUGCCGGCUCGUCUGUUGUAAAUCGAAUUGUCUGCUGAACGGCGGUGGUGACGUUGUUGCAUAAAUUUAAGCAACUGGAAGUUUUUUAGAAAGCUACCACAAAAGUAAUUGACAGCCCAGCACAAGUGGAUCUGAGAAGUGUUACGAGCCUUUAGUGCCGCUUUGGGCGCUUUCAGCAUCACGACUACCAGCAGCAGCAGCGUAAGUUUGCAGAGGAGCUCCGUGUGUUUGCACAGAUUCUGAACACCUUUGGUGCAAUUGCUUUGGUCAUCGCCACCGCUACCGCCACCACCGCUCGCUACCAGCUAAGCGGCUGGGCAAUGCAAACAUGGAUCAUGCGGUGAAAGCGACACGUGGCCGACCAUGGAAUACGCUGCGCUUCGAGAACGACGAACUGGAAUGUCUCUAUCAACGUUACACGCUCAAAUUGCAGCGCUUCUCGGUGCUGGGCGUUGUCGCGUUGGUGGUGGUAUUGUGCGGUGUCAUGGCGGCGCUGUCUUUGGCCUACAAUAAUGCGCCCACAUUUCAUAACAUAUUCAACUCCGUCGUGUGCCUACUCUUUGCAAUUAUCCUAAUUCUACUGCAAUGCCGUGUCAUCAAGGAUCAUCACUUGCCAAUUCUCUGCUAUGGCAUAUUACUCUUUGCCGCCACCAUCUGUUUCGUUUCGAUGCCAACACUGGGCAGUGUUUUCCCGGUGGACACAAAAGAGAAAGAGUCUGAGGUCAUGGCUGAGGGUGUAUGGCAAAUUGUAUUUGUUGUAUUUUUGGCUUACGCUAUGAUGCCACUACAAAUAUGGGAAGCAGUUUGUUUUGGUAUUAUUUUGCCAUCAGUGCAUAUUAGUUUAACGGUGUAUAAAAUUAUAACGGACUCAUUUCGUUAUUUGGAAUAUAAUCAGCUUAUCGCCAACAUUGUAAUGUUUAUCGGCGUUAACGUUGCCGGUUUGGUCGUAAAUAUUAUGAUGGAACGUGCCCAACGACGUGCAUUCCUAGAUACACGCAACUGUAUUGCCGCCCGCCUGGAAAUUCAGGAUGAAAAUGAGAAACUGGAAAGACUUUUGUUGUCGGUUCUACCUCAGCAUGUUGCGAUGCAAAUGAAAAAUGAUAUACUCUCACCGGUUGCUGGACAAUUUCACCGGAUUUAUAUACAAAAACAUGAGAAUGUGAGUAUACUGUUUGCUGAUAUUGUCGGUUUUACGGUGUUAUCCUCGCAAUGCAGUGCACAGGAGUUAGUCAGGCUGUUAAAUGAGCUAUUCGGACGAUUCGAUCAAUUGGCGCAUGACAACCAUUGUUUGCGCAUUAAAAUUCUGGGCGAUUGUUAUUAUUGUGUUUCGGGCUUACCCGAACCGCGUAAAGAUCAUGCCAAAUGUACCGUUGAAAUGGGUCUGGAUAUGAUCGAUGCGAUAGCCACCGUUGUGGAGGCCACCGAUGUGAUAUUGAAUAUGCGUGUUGGCAUACAUACGGGACGCGUACUUUGCGGUGUGCUCGGCUUACGUAAAUGGCAGUUCGAUGUCUGGUCCAACGAUGUGACACUGGCCAAUCAUAUGGAAUCAGGCGGUGAACCUGGUCGUGUGCAUGUCACACGUGCCACACUCGACGCCCUGUCGGGUGAAUAUGAGGUUGAGGCCGGGCAUGGUGAUCAACGUUCGUCAUAUCUGCGAGAUCAUGGCGUGGAUACAUAUUUCAUAGUACCACCACCACAUAGGCGAAAGCCAUUAAUGCUAAAUACGCUUGGUGUACGCUCGGCCAUUGGUAGUCGUCGCAAAUUGUCAUUUCGCAAUGUCUCAAAUGUUGUAAUGCAAUUAUUGCAUACGAUUAAAUUCUCGGAGCCCGUACCAUUCUCCAACAUUGCCACCGGCUCGUUUCCCUCGUCGGGGGGUAGCGGCACAGGGGCGCGCGGCAGCACAGCCGAAGGUGCCGGCGGUGAUAAGAGCACGAGAAAGGAUGCGGUUAUACGACUGCAAAAAAUUUUACACGCCCCCACACCACCCGGUGGCGGUGUUACCAUAUCAGUAGGAACUACUCCUAACUCCACAUCGAAUACGAUUAGUCGCAUUCACAGACUCAAUCAGAAUAAGAAUAAAUCGUCUAAAGUGACGGACAAAUUUAAGCGUCCCUUCCGCAAACGGCACUCCUCCAUGCACUAUCAACCGACCAAUCGCGUCAAUCGCUUCCUCUCGCAGGCGAUCAAUGCACGUUCCGUCGAUUGCGAUAAAUCCGAGCAUGUGGAUCGGAUUACACUGCGUUUUCGCGAGAGUGACAAGGAGCGUGAAUAUCGUAAGGAUUUCGAUUUGGGUUUCACCACCGCCAUGGGUUGCUCACUACUACUGCUAAUAUUGGGUGCCGCACUACAGGUGUCAGCUCUGCCACGUACACUCAUCCUCUUGCUACUCUUCCUAACCGCUUUCGUGUGGAUUAGCGCCAUAUUGAUGUUACUGUUGGCGGUGCGUCUCAAAUGGAUCGUGUGGGAUUUGGCGCGCAGCUUCACACUACGCUUGGCUAUUACAAUAUUCACCAUAGUCUUGAUCUAUUCGGUGGGUCAGGUGAAUGUGUUCACCUGCGUCAUGGAUCAUCCCUGUGCGAGUAAUGUUACAACACAUGCACCUUCCCUGGAGGAGGAUCUACUCAUGUUGGCGCAUCACAGUGAAGCGCAUCGGAAAUGCUCGUUACCCCAGUAUGUGUCGCUCUCGGCGACCUUUGCAUUUCUAUCAGUUUCAGUAUUUCUACGUUUACCAAUAAUCUUUAAAUCGCUACUAAUCCUACUGAUGGGCACAAUUUAUGGACUUUUUAUUGAAAUGUCGCAUAUAAAUAUUUUUGAUUGCUAUGACAACAGAGUUAACUCAUCCAUUCCGCUCCAUUUGAUCUCAUUGGCGCGCAUAAUAAUUUUCAUGAUUGCAAUAUUAGUCCAUGGACGUUUGGUUGAGUGGACAGCACGUUUGGACUUCCUCUGGCAAUUGCAGGCAUCGCAGGAGAAAAAGGAAAUGGACGUUUUGCAGGAGUCCAAUAAGCGGAUCCUACACAAUUUGUUGCCAGCUCAUGUGGCUGCACAUUUUCUCGAUAAUCAAUUUCGUAGCAAUAUGGUCACUCCCUCACAGGAACUCUAUCAUCAAAGCUAUGCCAAGGUUGGUGUCAUAUUCGCAUCGGUGCCGAACUUUCAUGAAUUCUACACGGAAAUGGAUGGUUCGGAUCAAGGUUUGGAGUGUUUGCGCUUGUUAAAUGAAAUCAUAGCCGAUUUCGAUGAGCUACUCAAAGAGGAUCGCUUUCAUGGCAUUGAUAAAAUCAAAACAGUUGGCAGCACGUACAUGGCGGUUGUUGGUCUCAUACCAGAAUAUCGCAUCAAUGCUAAUGAUCCGAACUCGGUGCGUCGCCACAUGACGGCUUUGGUGGAGUAUGUGAAGGCCAUGAGAUUGUCUCUGCAGGAAAUCAACAGUCACUCCUACAAUAAUUUUAUGCUACGUGUGGGCAUUAACAUUGGUCCGGUGGUUGCUGGUGUCAUUGGAGCGCGAAAGCCGCAAUACGAUAUCUGGGGUAAUACCGUGAAUGUGGCGAGUCGCAUGGACUCCACAGGCAUACCGGGUUAUACACAGGUCACACAAGAGGUCGUAGACAGUCUACAGGGUUCACAUUUCGAGUUUCGCUGUCGCGGCACGAUCAAAGUUAAAGGUAAAGGCGAUAUGGUCACCUACUUCCUCUGUGACUCCUCGAAUAAUGGACUUAACGGUGAGGUGCGCAAUGCUAUGAUCGCCAAUCGUGCGAUUACACAAAAUGGCAAUGGUUAUACGUCACAACAACAACAGCAGCAGCAACAACAACAACAACAACAACAACAACAACAAACGCAAGCCAACGGUUUGCAUGCACAUCCACCGGAAUAUUAUCAAAAACAAUCACAAUUUCAAGAGAACAGUUAUCAGUUGAAUAUGAAUAGUGAUACGUAUAGUAUAAAGAAGGAGAAUUAUGGUUACAACAACAUUGACAGCAAUCAGAUAUUGAUGAAGACCUCACCGAAUGCAUUACAUGAGGAGCAACAACAAUUGCUAAUGCAUCAGCAGCAACAACAAGUGUCACAACCGCAGCCAUAUCAACAUCAUUUGGCGCAACAACAACAACAGCGUCUCAAUAGUAAAUUACAAAAACAACCGAAUUUCAUCGCCAACGGUGGUUUGCCAAAUAUACGCGAGAACGGUCAUAACGGUGAGCACAAUGGUGGAAACGGUGGAAAUGAGAAUGGCGUUGGUUACGCCUACAAUGGCUAUCACCCAGCACAACAACAGCAACAGCAGCAGCAGCAGCAGCAACAUCAGCAAUACAACAACAAUUAUGCACAUCACCAACGAUCACAUUCAUCCAGUUCGAUGGGUGGCGGCGUCGGCGUUAUGGGCGUAAUUACAAUGGCGGCAAAUUCUUCCCCCGCCCUACCCACACAACAACAACAGCAACAACAACAACCAGCACAAAUCACCCCCUCAAUGGUAAUGUUACGCGAACAAUUUAAUAUAAUUGAAAAUCCUGGUGGUAAUCGGCUUGAGUACAUUAAUCAUGAUCCCUACGCCCAGGUGGAGAGCUAUAAUAAUUUAUUUGCUAACGGUGUUGGUGUUGGUCUUGUUGGCCCUGGUGGUGUUGGUGGUGGUAGUAGGCGUGAACCGCAUGCCGCACGCAAUUACCAUCAUUUACAUCACAAUCAACAGCAUUCAUCGUCGUACAGCACGAACAGUAAUUGUAAUAAUUAUAAUAAUUGCCGUGAGAGUGAACCAUUGUUGCAUGCCGCACCAGUUGCCAAGAUAAUGCCAAUGCAACAUCAUCCACAAGCAUAUCCACCUAAAUAUGAGCCACCACGGUAUACGUGUCCUAAUACCAUAAUGCUACAACAGCAACAGCAACAACAGCUGCAAUUGCAACAUCACCUCCAUCAUCAUCAGCAGCAACAACAGCAACAGCUGCAAUUGCAUCAACAAUAUCCACUUUACUCGCAACAUCCUCAACCGCCAUUACCCAUACCACCACCCAAGCCCACAAAUCUAACUGCAUCCUCAUUAGCCACAGUCUCAGCCACAGUGUCAACCCCCGCCUCAGUCUCAGCCUCAGCAUCAGCCUCAGCCACAGCAUCAUUGAAACAGAAUACACCUAUCUCACGCACUACCUAUAUGAAGCCCCUGCCGAAAUUGCCGACCGAGAUCGAGGAGAGCCGUGAGAUGUCUUCCACCGAUGAUCUCAGUUCACGUCCACAUUCACCAUCGAUGAGUUCCUCAGAUGAAUCCUACUCGAAGACGACUGAAGGUGAGGCCGACGAAGAUUCACCGCGCAUCACAGCGAUGGGAAAACAUAAUCAUCAUCACCAUAAUCAACAACAACAACAACAACUGCAUCAUAUUCAGCAUCAGCAACGUAAUGGUGCGAAUCCAUUACAAUGGCUCUAUCCAUGCGACAUACAAGUGGACCCCACUUCGCCUGUAGUGGAUAUGUCAAAUCUGAAAGAUUUCGAAGUGAGCUCCACCACAGAGAGUCAGGGUCAACAGACAAAUACGACACAGAAUAAGGGUGACUCCUGCAAUAGCUUUGAAUAUCAGGACCGUGUAUUGCUAGCCGCCAAUAAGAAGCAGCAUAGUAACGGUGGCAGCAGUAAUGGCGGUGGCGUCAACAAUGGUGGUUCCACUUCAGCCAGUAACUCGGCGAAAUCACCGUUCGAGAGGGAACUGCAAAGACUUUUGAAUGAAUCGUCACGUGCGCGUGCACUAGCCGCCGCCACCUCAUCGUCGGGUGGCAAUAUAACAUCCGUUUCGAACUCCAACAGCAACCCUGAGGGCAAUACGACGAGCAAUAGCAGCAGUCGCAACAAUAUCGAACUGAGCUAUUCAGCCAGCAACAGUAAGUUGAGUUCGAAUAACGGACUCGCAGCGGGUGGUAGCGGCAGUAAUGGCAAUCUUAGCGGCAGCAAUUCAAUGAGUGGCAAUAACAAUCAAAAAUCGUUGGCCACAACUAUCUUAGACGAGCUGACCUCACCCACUACGGGUCGUCAGCCAUCGAAAAUACCGAUUAGCACGAGUUUUAUGAUCGCCAAACAUCCCGUCGGCCUGGAGGCCAUCAAGGAGAUCACACGCAACAAGAACCCAUCAGAGUCAAGCCAAAUGCAAACCUCCGACACGGAAUCCUGCGAAAUUUUGCACGAGAACUGCAAUCAACUGAAUUUGAAUAUGUUAGAUACGGUGAACAACCAGUCGUCUACAUCAACGGGCACGGGCAAUUGUCGUGACUCAAAUCAGGCGCCACAACAGACGAAAGAUCACAAUCAUCGACAUCGUCAACGACCACGUUCCAAAGAUCUCGAUCAGAGUCGCGAGAGUAUCGAUCAGUUGGCCGAUGGUGGUGAGCAACAGCAGUCGCAGCAACAACAACGGCAUGUACGUCAUCACCAUCAUCACCAUCAUCAUCAUCAGCGCCCGCAGCGUGUUAACCACACCACGGCUUUGAGUAAUGACACUGAACGUGAUGACACCGAAGACAAUUUAGCCGAUGAGGAAUUUGAAGAUGACGAAGUGAGUCAUGAUGUACGGAAGAAGCGAGUGGUUAUAGCACCGACGGAACAGCAACAGCGCGUGAAUAAUAUUGACUAUGGAUAUGAUGAAGAGCACGACGAACAUGAAGGCAGCGGUAUGUACAACCACCACAACCACGACGAUCAUGUCGAUCGCUAUGAAGACGAUGUGGAUGCCAAUCGGCAUGUCGAAAUGAAUGUGAUAAACGAUGAACUUAAAUACGGUGCAGGGCAUCAUAAUCACCAAUCGAUGGACUCAAAUCCGUUGGAGAGUCAAUCGGAAUGGUCGGAUGAUGAUUGCCGCGAAGAGGCUACAGGUGGCGCUGAAUCAACAGGUUACAUAACCGACGAACCAGGUUUGGAGAAUAUCUCACUGCUAAACGAAGCCGGUCUAACAGACGCCGAGGGCGCUCUCUCCGAUGUCAAUUCACUAUAUAAUGCGCCCGAUGUGGACGACACUUCGGUAUCGAGUCGGGCGAGCUCACGAUUACUCAGUUUGGAUUCCUUAAGUGGUUUGUACGAUUGUGAUUUGGAUUCAAAACAUGAAAUGGCGAUCGUUAAUGUUUCGCACAAAAUUACAAGUAAAUUUGGGCCACAACAACAACAACAACAAAGUUAAUCGCUUCGUAAUAGAGUAAAAGAAUGAAGUAAGGGAACUAGAGGAUGUAAAAAUGAGAAAAGAAACUAACUCCAAUUACAAUUAUACAUACAUACUUACAUAUAUACGUAUUACUACGUAAAGCCGACAUACAAGCAUACGCAUACACAUAUAAAUACGUAUGUAUAUUUAAGGUAAAGUGAAAUAGAGAAGUAACUAAAUACAUAGAAAA